AUGCUCAAUGCCACACUGUACAAAACCCUACAACUAUAUAAAUAGUCCUACCAUUGCAAAUAAACGUCGAUUAUUUAAAUCCCCUUCAUAUAUAUAGGAGUAUAUCUCUAGGCCAACAAAGUCCUAAAUAAGCACUACCCAAAUUUUACUACUAGUAGUAGAAGAAAGAUAUGGGCAAAAACAUAAUGAGCUCACCGGCUCUCAGCACUCUCCUCCUCCUCCUCCUUUCUUCCAGCGCCGCCGCCACCACCACCACAAAAUCACCAAGAGAUCUAGUGCAUUCAUCAUGCGCUCACGCCAGCUAUCCAGACAUCUGCCUGAGAACCCUCUCCUCCUACUCAAAACCCACCACCAGCCUCCGGGAGCUAGCUCAGGCGGCGGUGAGAGUCAGCAUUUCCCGAUCCAACAAGGCGGCCGGAUUCCUGGCCCAGCUGAAAGGCAACGGCAAGAGGGAGGAAGGUGCACUGGGUGACUGCGUGCACCAGAUGAGCGACUCGAUCUACGAGCUCGGGAAGACGUUGUCGGAGCUGCAGAAUCUCCGGCGGGGGAACGACUUCAAGUGGCACAUGAGCAAUGCCGAGACUUGGGUCAGCGCCGCCUUGACGUACGAGGACACGUGUCUUGAUGGGUUCACGGAGAUCGACGGCAAAGUCCGGUCGGACGUUAAACGGGCUAUCACAGAUGUUGCUAAAGUUACCAGUAAUGCUCUCUAUCUCAUCACCCGCCUUGACCAAACUCGUGGUUAAUUAGCUUGAAGAAAUUAUUAGCGGUUAAAGUUGAAUCUAUUGGGUAAAAAAAAAAACUACUACGCGAAAAAGUCUGCGUAGUAGCUAGUAAAUCUGGUCAUUUUGUAAGUUUUGGUUGAAUAUAUAUUUUGUUUUUUUGGUUCUCCUAUGUGUGUAUAAUGAAGUAAUGAACUUAUAAUUAAUUAUUAUUAGUGUUACUACCUUAAUUAAUAUCGCUACAGUGUUUCAAUAUAAAUUCCUUUCUCUCAUCUUAAAAUUGUGAUUAAUGACCAUCGGAGUUGUACUACCUGAGACUAGAAAUCUGAGUCAUGGAGGUUGCAUCCAGAUUGGACUCUUUAACUAAUUUGUUUUCUC